AAUUGCAGCAAAGAUUAAUGAAUGAAUUCAAACCAAGAAGAGUAACAGUUCGUAGCUAGCUGUUUCACUCUCUGUCUUGUCAUUUAAAGGUUAAUUAACAAACAAAUCGGAAACUCCCAUGCUCAUGGUCAUCACCGCAAGUUCCGUAAUAAUGGAAACGUCCCUUCCCCCGAUAAAACUGCUUCUGCUCCUUCACCAUCACAACCUGUACCGCCCUCUAUUUAUCAACCCGAACACCCUCUUAUUCCCAACUCAUCAAUCCACGCAUCCUACAUGGCUACCUCUUUGCCUUACUCUCAUGUCGACUCUGCCUUGCGUGCUCUUGCUGCCCAGGCCGAGGGGUUCGGUCGCUGUGCCAUUGGUGGCCUCCAUGGGCCCAUUUAUUAUGUCACCACUUUAUUGGAUGAUGGCCCUGGAUCACUUAGAGACGGAUGUCGGAAAAAAGAGCCACUUUGGAUUGCCUUUGAAGUAUCAGGCACCAUUCAGCUUGGAUCUUACUUGAAUGUCUCGUCUUAUAAAACCAUUGAUGGCCGGGGUCAAAGAAUAAAACUUACAGGCAAGGGUUUGAGACUGAAGGAAUGCGAGCAUGUAAUUAUAUGCAAUCUAGAGUUUGAAGGUGGUAGAGGAUCUGAUGUUGAUGGCAUUCAGAUAAAACCCAAGUCAAAGCAUAUAUGGAUAGACCGUUGCAGCCUUCGUGACUAUGAUGAUGGGCUGAUUGAUAUCAACCGAGAAAGCACAGAUAUUACUGUUUCUAGGUGUCACUUUGCACAACAUGAUAAAACGAUGCUCAUUGGGGCAGAUCCUACUCAUGUUGGUGACAGAUGUAUUCGAGUAACCAUUCACCAUUGCUUUUUUGAUGGAACACGGCAACGCCAUCCUCGUGUUAGAUUUGGAAAAGUACAUUUAUACAAUAACUAUAUCAGAAACUGGGGCAUUUAUGCUGUUUGCGCCAGUGUAGAGUCACAGAUAUACUCCCAAUGCAACAUAUAUGAAGCAGGACAGAAGAAGAUUGCAUUUAAGUAUCUCUCUGAGAAGGCAGCUGACAAGGAGGAAGCACGUAGUGGCUGCAUAAGGUCUGAAGGAGACUUGUUUGUUAUUGGAGCUCAAGCAGGGUUAAAGACUGAGGACGGUGAAUUCCGUAUGUUUCAUCCCAGUGAAUAUUACCCCACAUGGACAGUAGAACCUCCUACAGAUAGUCUUAAACAGGUUCUCCAGCAUUGUACAGGAUGGCAGUGUGUUCCACGGCCAGUUGAUCAUCCAUUAGCUGCACAGUGAAAUCAGGGAAUGAAUAUUUAUACACUAAAUUUCUAUGUAAGUAGGUUAAUUUUUUUUCCCGCUUGGAUGCCUCUUGCCUUUGCUAUAUAGCAGAGGUGUAACUUUCAAUCAAUUUAUCCUUCCGAGCCAUAAUGAGAAUAAUGAAAUACGUAGUAAUGUAUUA